AUGGAUAACUACUUUAUUUUUGUUAUUAUUUUUAAAAUGUAUAUUAUGAUAUUUUUUAUAUCAAUUUUAGCAAUUAUUGUAUUAAUAAUAUUAUUAUUUUUUCCAAAAUAUGGUCAAAGAUUUAUUGAUAUUGAAAUUAAAGAAGGAAAAAUACCUGGAUUUAGUGAGAAUAUUGGAAUAAUUUAUAAAUAUAAUAUUGGUUCAUAUUAUAAAACUAUUAAUAAAUUAGUAGAACUUCAAGAAACAUUACUUAGUGAAAAUUCUGUUCCAGCAACAACAAUAGCUAUAUUUUAUGAUGAUAUUUCAUUAAAUUAUUCUGAUUAUUUACAAUCUGCAUAUGGAGUUGUCUUUUCAUCAGCUACAGAAACAACUAGUGGGAUGGUUGAUCCUCCAAUAAUGAAUGCUUUAAAUAGUAAUGGAUUUGAAAAAAUUAAAAUGCCAAAAAUGAAAAAAGCUAUUGUUUGUAAAUUAAAUUCUAAUUUUGAAUCAUAUUUUAAAUGGAUAUACGCAACAAAAAUUAUUUAUCCUGCUGUUCGCAAUUUUGUCAAAAAACAACAAAUAACAAAUCCAAUGUUUAUUGAAGUUCAUAAAAAUAAUGAAGUAUUUUUAGUUAUUCCAUUAGAAAAUGAAUUUGAAUAUAAAGUACCAAAGUAUGAAAUGAUGCUAUCAGAACAAGAGUAUUAUGAUUCCGAUAGUUUAGAAUCAGAAUGUUUUAGUGAUUCAACUGAAAGUAUAACAGAUGAAGAAAAUAAUACAGAAUAUGAGAUGAAUGAUUUGAAUUUUAUAACUUAUUCAAAAACUUAUAAAUGGAUAUUUGAUAAUGAUUUAUAUGAAAAAGAAAGAGAAUUAACUUAUGUUCUACCAAAUAAUGAAAAUAUUAAGGGAAAAACAUUUAAUUUAUCUUUAUACAAAUAUCUUAUAGAUUUUAAAUUAAGAAGUAUAGAUAAUGAUUAUAUAAAUAUAACUUCAUCAGAUAAUCUAGAACCACCCAUAGUAAUUGCAAUGUCACAAAAUCAUUUUAUUGAAUCAUUUAGUUUAUUUGAAUCGAUCUAUAAAUAUUAUCCUAAUUACAAAAUUAUUUUUUAUGAUUUAGGUUUAAAUAUAAAUAGUAUAAAUGAGAUAAAAAGUAUUUGUAAUGUUGAAUAUAGAAAAUUUGAUUAUGAAAAAUAUCCUUCUCAUGUAAAAGAAUUAUUUUUGUAUUCAUGGAAACCAAUAAUAAUAGCGGAAACAUUAAGAGAUUUUAAAACAAUUUGGUAUGCUGAUACAAGCGUCAUUUUUAAAAGAUCAGAUUUAUCAAAAAUUUAUUCACUUGUGACAUGUCGCCGUAAACACAAAUAUAAUCAUAAAUUAACUGAGCAAUUAAAAACUAAGGAUUAUUCUAAUGAUACAAAUGUUACAAAAGUAUCAGAUGAAGCAUUUGUAUGGAAAUUAAAUAUUGAACAUUGCCAAAAAUCCGCCUAUCUUCUCCAUAGUUUUGCAGGUCAUGGAAUUUUACCAGCAACAAAUGAAGGCUUAUUUAAGUAUAUUCCAACUAAUAUAACUUCAAUUAGUACAAUUAAAAAUAAAAUGUAUGAAGCUGGAUUUAUUUUUGCUGUUAAAACAAAAGAUACUGCAACAGAUAUUUUAAAAUGGUAUUUAUUAUGUUCAUUAGAAAAAGAUUGUAUAGCUCCACCAAAAUCACGUUUAGCACCAUGCGAUUUUAGAAAUAAUAGAUAUGAUAUAAAGAGUGAUGGAUGUCAUAGAUAUGAUCAGAGUGUUAUUAAUGUUUUAUUAUCAAAUGCAAAUAAUUUUGAUUCACAAAAUUAUAUUAGUCAGCUUAACAAUUUUUUUGUAAUUCAACGAGGUGGUAAUAAAAUAUGGAAUAAUACAUUUAAAUGUCAGCAAAAUAAUUUUUAA